CCCCCUCCCUCCUCCCCCUCUCGCCCCCUCCCGGGACAGGCGGCCGUGGGGUGGGGAGUACAUAUUUUUUGGUGUCAAGUUCGUUGGCGGAAGUGAUGUUUAGGGGAGCCGCGUCCGCUCCACGUCCAAGUCCUUUCGUUCGCUGGGUCUCAUAAAGCAUCUCGCUUAGUGCAAUAAUUCCCGCGUUCGGGAAACACGCUCGGUUCGCUCACUGUCUCCUUCAGUCACUUGCAACAUUCUGUCUUUCCCACCCCUUUCCUUUUUACCCAUGUCUUUUCUUCCUUUCUCCACUGUUUUCAAUCAGUAAGGGCUCGAUCGCUUUGGCGUCCGCUCAUUGGUUCCUUGACCCAGGUAACGUCACGCUGUUUGUAGCGUAACGCAAACCACUCCCGUCUGGCGUAGAUUUGAAGAGACGUUCCAUCUAUUUCCGAUGUAUUCCGGAUGGGAAAGCCAAAGUAGUCUUCGCUUUACACACCGACCGAAAUCCCCGGAUUUUUCGGGGAUAAAUGGUAAACAAUCAUGGAAAAUAACAAAAGCGAUCCUGCAUGUUUACCGAAAGAAAUACUUGAUAUCACCUGGUCGAACACCUCAGAAGAGAGACUGAAAGAAGCAUACAAAGUCUGGGCUGAUACCUACGAUAAAUGGGCCAAUGGUACACAACAAGACUCCUCCCCAGGCUAUGUCGGACACAUCAGUUGUGCAGAGACUUUCAAUACGGCUGCGAGUGAAGUUUAUGGUGACAUUGAGAAGAAGAACCUGAAGCUGUUGGAUCUGGGCUGUGGCACUGGAUUGCUGGGACAAAUCCUGAAGGAGAAGUACGGGUUUGAAAAUAUGGUGGGACUAGACUUGUCUGAAGAAAUGUUGGCAAAAGCCAGAGAGAAAGGAAUCUACAAACGCUUGAUUUGUUCAUACGUGACAAACAAAAGGGUUGCUGAUAUAGAAAAUGCUGAAUAUGACGGCAUAUUAGCAGCAGGAGUGUUUACCCCUGGACAAAUAAAGCCCUCUGUGUUUGACGAGAUUCUACGAUGGAUAAAACCAGGUGGAAUUAUUUGCUUCACCUGUCGCUCUGACGCGUAUGAAAGCGAAGAAUACAGUUACAAAGACAAAUUUGAAAGCUUGGAGAUUCAGGAGCGAUGGGAAUCGAUUUCUAAGUCAGAUAGCGAUUACUAUGGUGAUCAAACACACUCGGAACGUAGAUCUUUAAGAGCUCGUAUGCUGGUAUACAGAAUAUUGCCCUUUUAGUUGGCUUUGGCUCUUUUUUUUUUAAAUUUAUUUAUUUGAUGCACAACAUGUUACAACACUACUUAAACUAUACUACUUAUAAAGCAAUACUUAUACUAUACAGCAC